AAAAUAUGGAAGAGAGAUGAAGAGCCGAAGGCCCGAAGCUAUGGGGAGAUGGAAAAAAACUUUCAAGACAUAUGUCAUUCACUCAUUCUCUCCAAUAAUUCAAUUCACCAAUAAAUCUGAAUUCUCCUUACGGUGGAUCAAACUUUGGACAUUCGUGGUGGAGUUUUGCAUCUCUGCAUCGAUUGUGGAGCUAAUUGCUUUUUUAUUUGGUUGACAAAUGGAGAAACAGAAGCCGACAAGCUUCACGUUUGAGAUAGAUAAUUUCUCGGAGAAGGGGGCUUUGAUAGAAUCACCAAAAUUCGUAAGCGGUGGUUGCGAAUGGUAUCUCAUGGUGUAUCCCAAAGGAAACAAUACUGUAGGUCACUUAUCUCUGUACCUCCACGUUGCCAAUACUGGAUCCCUGCGACUUGGAUGGAAAAGACAAACUAGUUAUUCCUUCGUUCUGCUGAAUCAAUCUGGCAAAGAUGUCUACAGAAAACCUGAAUUUUCGUCAUGUUUUUGCGCUGUGUUCCCAAGUUGGGGUUGGCUAAGGGCCGUGCCUCUUAAAGAUCUUCAAGAAAAUGGGUUUGUUGAGAAGAACAAACUGAUAGUAAAAGUUGAAGUACAGGUACUUGAGGUUGUUGAUGAAUCACAAGUUACUGGGAAGGAGACGUUAGAUGUCAGAGGUUUCCAAGUUCUUUAUUCUCAGGUUAAUCAUGUGAAUCGGAUUUUCUUCGACCACCCGGACAUUGCUUUGAAUUUCAAACCAAAGAGCCAAUUGGUGAAGACAACAUACAUGAAUAUCCUUCUUGGGCUCAUCUGGAAACUUAACAAGCCUGCACAUAUCUUCUCCGAGGCUGAGCUAAGCAACUCUCGCAUCGAGUUGGCUGAUCUAACAGAAACGGGCUUCAAGCUAGAAUGGUUGAAGACAAGGCUUAAUGAGAUUUGCUGGGUGAGGAAGAAAAUAGUUGAUGAUUCUGCUCGAGUCAAAGAACUUGAAGAAAACAAAAAGAAUCUCAAAGCUGAAUUGAACAUGGAGAAGGCUAAAGUUUGUUCGUUGGAGCAGACGGUGGUUGAUCUCAAAGCUAAGCUGAACAAGAAGCGAAAACCUCUCAAAGCUAAGCUGAACAAGAAGCGAAAACUAAGCCAUAGUUAAUUCUCGCAGAGGAAGGAGUCAAACCUUGUGGAUGUCUAAACUUGGGAUUCAAUGUCGUUUGAGAUCGAAGAUCCAAACAUUAGAGUAUAUGUUCAAGUUGAGAAAACACAAAUCUUAAGAAAAGGGAUGGAUCAACAAACUCAUUCUUCAUCAGCUUCAUUUGAACAACUUUUAAUGAUUUUGGUGGUUCUGGAACAACCUACCAGAGUAUUAAAUUGUAAUGAUGUGCUAUGAUAAGGUUUUUUAGUUAUAAGAUUAUUAUUAUGAGUCAUUGUUCUUUUUUUAAUUAUUAAAAUAUAUAUUUUUAGUUUAUUAACUAUUAUUAUGUUGUUGGAUUUUCUAAUUUAAUAUAAUUU